AUGGUUGUUCCUUCCGUCCACUCGCAAGAGAACAGUGCCAUCUUCAUGGCAAACUUCGACUUGACGUCACGUCACGUCCUGUUCCACUUCAUGAUGCAAAUGCAUCGCAUCGACAAGGGCACUGUGGAAGAGAGACGCGGCGUCACCUUUACCGGCUUCAUUCUCAUCGAGGCCAGCGACACGAAACAACAAACCCCGAUCCAACAAAUACUCCCGGCCUUGUCCGAUCAGGCGACCAGUAACACCGCAGCACUACCUCGCAUGGCACGGGACAUAUCAGGCAUCCAUGCCACGGUCCAAACCCUACAAGAGAAUGUUUACGCCGACCACCGGACAACUCCCGCGGCCAUGCCAGCCAGUGCCAUGGCACUCUCAAGCCCCAUGGCACAACAUCCGGGUACGCAGCUCGGCUCACGGCUCUCAGCACACCACAUCCUCCCUCGGCCGCCUCGCGUACUAACUAGCCGAGCCGGCCCAGUCACAACCACUCCGUCACGGCGUCGCGUGACCACAUCGGCGCCUCUCGCCCGGGACACAGGCUAUGGUGCACCGUACAACGGAGUCGUCCCCAGAAAAACAAGACUCGGUACAUGA